GAAUUUUUUGUUUCUUGCAUUCAGUCUUCACUUCAACACUCGCGCUCGUGUCGUGCGUUCCUUCAAAAGUGUCAAACAUCUUGAAUCGCGCUCGCAUUAAAAUUAGAAAAAAAGAAAAAUAAUCGAAUUUGUUUUUGAUAUUAGUUUUUCUUUAAAUUUGUUUUGAAAAUAUCGAUUUGGCAAAAUGUUUUGCUGUUUUACUGUAAAAAGUUUUCUGAACAUGAGCCUACCAACGGCUGGAAUGGUCAUCGGUUACGUUUCUACCGUUAUCAAUCUUUUCCAAACCGUCAUAAUAAUCAAGGCUGAUGAAAUUAUAGAAUUCAUACGUAACCAUGCAGAUUCCUUCCCGGCAUCAAUGAUAGCUGAAGGUUAUUCUGUGGGAAUUUCUGUUCUGGUGAUGAUUUCUUUUCUGCAACUUGUGGCAUCUGUUUUGCUGAUCAUUGGAAUUAACAAAGAAAACCAUUUGUUGUUAUUGCCAUGGAUGAUUAAUAACGGCAUUACGUUGAUUUUCGAAAUUUUCUUUGGCUUGGCAUUUGUGGUGAUGGCUUUAGGCUCGGACGCUCCCGGUUCCCCAGGACCUUUGGCUGUCAUAAUUGUUCUUUCAAUUCUAGUGCUCCUCUGUAUGGUAUGGAAUGCAAUUUACUCACUUUUCCAGAGUAUUCGAAGAGCAAAUGACCCUGAAUUAUCGGACACUGUGAGGCUGGUUGACAACUCUCCAUCCUGUAGAUAUGAGCUUUUUAAAAAUACACCUUACUAAAUAUGCAGUAAACUAUUUACAAACGAAUUAAUUGAAAUAAGUAGUUACAUAACAAAACUAAAAAAAAACAUUAUUUUUUUUAACAUAUAAUUACCAUAACUUUUUUCUUUAUGCUUUUCAAUAAAAACUUUUACAUAUGUA